GUUAUUUGUCUCCGCGAUGUGUUCCACUUACGAUUCCUACAGUUGCCAUGCUGUUUUUUCGUCACCUAGUACGGAAGCCCGCUAGAGUCAAAACACUGGAAACGCACACACGCGCAUUAUCGGAUGGGAUUUCAGGUCGUCUUAUAUCACUUGUAUUCCACAGAUCUCACAGUUCAGGUAACACUCCGGCAUGAAAAAGCACGUGAAAUUCCUUGAAAACAACACCGAUAAAAGUCGUCUGCAUCACAAAAAGUCGUUUUUGCCUUUAAGGCCAUCUGGUCUCAACCAUGUGCAAACUGGAAAAACAAACUCAGUAUUUGGACAUAAAAUACAACCUGCAACUGUACAUGUGCCAGAACAAGAUCGGGGCAUUAAAACUAUUCAUAUCCCUAAGACCAUGACUGCUGCUCCAUUUUUACAGCAUCCAGGCCUGACACCAGGACAGAAGCGUUUUCUGUACAGUAUCGCAGAGGCCUACAGCAAAGAGCACAUGCGGCAGCUAAUAUGUCAACAUUAUAUGAACGUAUUACACCGGUGUAUCCGGACAGUGCCGGAUGCGCAUCAUGUGAAUGUAAAUGUGAAACUGCAGAUGUCAACAUACACCCCAGAAGUAGAACACAUGGCAAACUCUCAGAGUACAUCUAUAAACAAGAAAACAAAAAGUGCAAAGAGAUCUUCGACUUCAGAGAAAGUCAAGAAAACAACUUUACCUAAUAUCGUCAAUCAUCAAAGAGUGUCUUCUGGAUUUGCAAAAUCGAAUAUGGGACAGCCAAGAAAAAGGAGGGCUACCAUUUCAAAAAUGCUUCUUCACAGGGUAGGUUUGUUCUACUACAGACUAACAAUGGUGCAAUAUACAGCAUCCUUUGAACACUUUAGGUUCCAGUUUUUAACAUUAUUCAAAAUGGAGUUAAUGGACCUAACAUUUCCAGGAUCACGGCCAUGGGAAGCUGACUUUGAAUGGGAGGCGACUGAAACAGAUUCUUAUCUUGCUGGACACAUGAGUGGCCUGUCUUUUAAUGAAUCGGAAGAAGAUGAAGAGGACUUUAUAUUUCUUACCUAACGCAUCAAUCUAGGUUUUUGUCAUUUAUGAAAACUAUCUAACAAAAUCAUUCUUAAAACAUAUCCUAGACAUAAACAAUCCAGAUGUCCAAGACAUUUCAAAAUAUUU